CUUCUUAGCCUCUUCAGCCUACCAAUCCUACAAGAAUCCCUUUCAGCACUGCAUUCCGGACUUCUCCCUUCGCAUUCUUCACCUACCCAGCAAGGCGUCCCCGCCUUACAUUCCACCCCGUCGCAUCGGGUAAAGUUUCAUCUGCUCUCCCGUUUUCGUCAUAUUCAGUUUGUUCAAGGUGCGCACAACGACUGGGUUAAGACUCUGGGUCUUCCUUCCAGUCCGCUGGACUUGGUUCGAUCAUUGACUUUGGAUUUGAACCCAUCAACCCUCCCCCCCCUCCCAACAUGGCGCCUCAUUCGUUCUGGGAAAGGACGAAAGGAACGUCCAAGAAAGGCUUCGAUAAGGCAUGGCAUACUCUCGACAAACUGGGCGAUCCCGUCAAUCGCCUAUCCUACAAAGUCGGCGCAGAGGCCUUCUGGCCCAUGACCAUCGACAAGGAGAGCGAUAAAGCGGCCCGCAUCUUACGCAGCUUCUGCAAAGAUGGCUUCUACACAGACCAGGAACCUGAGAACCGACGGUCCGACAGCGUCUCCAGCGUCAAUAGCAAAGCAACCGGCAACAGCAAAGCAACCGGCAAGAUCGAUCGUCCCAAGGGCAAGCAACGCGUCCUACAAAAGAUCCCCACCAAGGUCAUCCGCCAGGCCAAGGGUUUGGCCAUCUUCACCACCAUGCGCACCGGUCUCUGGUUAAGUGGUUCCGGCGGAAGUGGUGUGCUCCUGGGUCGCAUCCCCGAGACUGGCGAGUGGAGUCCCCCGUCCGGCAUCAUGCUCCAUACCUCCGGCAUUGGGUUCCUGGCCGGCGUUGACAUCUAUGAUUGCGUCGUCGUCAUUAACACCUACGAGGCUUUGAACGCCUUCAAGCAUUUCCGCUGUACCCUAGGCGGCGGCCUCAGCGUCGCCGCCGGCCCCGUCGGCAUGGGCGGCAUGCUCGAGUCCGAAGUCCACAAGCGCCAGGCCCCCAUCUGGACCUACAUGAAGAGUCGCGGCUUCUAUGCCGGCGUCCAGAUCGACGGCACCGUCAUCAUCGAGCGCACCGACGAGAACGAGCGCUUCUUCGGCGAGCGCAUCUCCGUGACCGACAUCCUGGCCGGCAAGGUGAAACACCCGCCGGACUCCAUUAAAACCCUAAUGCAGACCGUGCGCGCCGCCCAAGGUGACACCGACGUGGACGAGAGUCUGGUGGCGCCCCCCGGCAUCACCCCCGGUGACGUGGACGUGGUUGCCUCGACCUUUGGCGUCCCGGCCGCCGACGAUCCGGACCCCUUUGGCGUCAAGGCCCUCGAGGCCGAGGGCCUCUUCAUCCGCGAAGCCGGUUCCCGCUCCCGGGCCCACCAGGAGGUCUUCGAAUUCCGACCCAGCCCCAGCAGCCCCAUCUACUCGACCUACCGGCGCAGCCUCGACAGCUCCCCCCGGACCAGCUGGCGCACCAGCGUCCAGAGCCAUACCAGCCAGGACCGCGGCACCCAGACCGAGGCCCCGACGGCCCCGACAUCUGUCAGCCGCGCCUCCUCGCGGAGCACCCGCGGCGGCGUCCCCGCCGAGACGCCAUCGGAGCCCACCAAGUGGGACCACGAGGGCGUGCAGUGGGAGGCCGCCAUCCCAGAACGCCACGCCAUCCCCGAGACCGACGACGACGACAAGCGGGAUCCAGAUGAGUCCUCUCAGGACGAGGACGAAGACGAGGACGAGGACUUUGAGAUCCACGAGGUCAGCAGCGCCACCGUGAGCCGCCGCGACAGCGCCCCCUCGUCCCCCAUCUCGUUGGAUGAUCCCCACGCUCCGGUGGACGUCAAGCGUCAGUCGCCUACGUUUACGCGCGCCCGCUUGGUCACCAUCCCCAAACGUCCGCCCCCGCCGCCGCUGCCCCCUCGCGAUCCUUCCCACCGGCCCUCCGCGUCGCCUCCGGCCUCGCCCGUCUCCCAGCGGGUUGAGUCGCCGCUGCCUCCGCGCAAUCCCUCCCACCGAGCGUCCGAUCAGUCCGAAUUGCCCCUCCCGCCCCGCGAUCCGCACCACCGCCCGUCCAUCUCGUCAUCUAGGUCACCCGUCUCCCAUUCUCCCCCGUCACCCGAGACGGAACAGACCCAAAACGGAUUUGCUGAACUGCCUCUGGGCCCCACCGACGAUGCCUCCGAGGCGUCGCGCGGAGCAUCUCCCGCCCGGGUUCAAGACAAGGACGAGUUCCACUCGGUAUCCACGGCCCGGUCAUGGGACUCGGCCUCGGACACGGAGGCGAGCAUCAAAGAUAAAGUCUCCACCUCCGACGUGGACGCCCGGCCGGACGCCGACGAGGAAAAGCUAGAUCUUGAUCCAGUUGAGCCAGUCAAGACGGUGACGGAGGAAGACAGCCACACGACCUCCGUGCAGCGGCAGACUGCGUCUGUUUUAUAAGAGUCUUUCAUCGCCGCAUUUCAUUGGUUCGUGUAAUUGUAUAUACCCGGAGAGAUUUAUUGGCCUCCCUUUCUCUCUUUCCCCCUCCCUCCCCCCCCCUCCUUAUUCCUUUCUCUGUUUUCUUUUUCAUGUGUACCUCCACCCCACCCACCUCCAUACCUCAGUUUAGUUAUUUUCUUCGAUUGUUCACUUAGCGUGUUGGCGUGCAGAUGGGAAAGGGACAUGGAAAUAUACCUGGGCGUUUGGUUUCUUUCUUCUUAUUUUUUUGUUUCCUACUCUUUGUGCUACUUCUUGGUCCGUUGUAUAAGAGAUGAGGGCUAUGUAGGAAAGCAAGUGGAUUAGAUUUAUUUGUAUCCCAUGUGUUGAGUUGUUGGAUACAGCAUUGCAAUAUAGAUAGUGCUAUGGAAUAUAAGAUAUCUG